GGGGCGAGAGUAGACAACAUGUAAAAUAACUGAUUUCGUGAGAGAUGUAAGGUUUAAAAGAAAUAGUGACGGGUCGUAGUAAUUACAAUGCUGUCAAACUCCAACACAGUUUCCAAACUAUACAUGUCAGUCAUUGACGAUGUGAUAGAGAGCGUCAGGGAGCUGUUUCAGGACGAAGGGAUCGAGGAUCGGGUGCUUGAGGACCUCAGGCAGCUCUGGGAGUCUAAGGUCAUGCAGUCAAAAGCAGUGGAAGGUUUUAUGAAAGGUCCCAUCAACCCAAACAACUUUGUGCUACAGCUUCCUGCAAAUUAUGCUCAGACCCUCCAUAAACCCACAGCCUCAAUCGUCAUUCCUGCUGGGCAGACUCUUCAGAAUUUCACCACCAAAGCAAACGGCUCUGGUGCACUCGCGACAUUUUCUCUCCCUCCUGGAGUGAGCUACCCCGUCCAGAUCCCAGCUGGAGUCACUCUGCAGACCUCGUCAGGCCACCUGUACAAGGUCAACGUUCCGGUGAUGGUGACUCAGGCCCCAGCCAGCAACCGUAUCCUCCCGCAGCCGAUCCAACACGUCAUGGAGCCGAGAGAGCAGGUGGCUCCCCAGGGUGCCGUGGCCAGUGUCGCCCCCUCCGCUGUCCUGCAGACGAUCCCUCCCCCGGCAGCUGACACUUAUACCCCUGCUGCCCCCAGCACGACCCUCCUCCACCCGUCCGAGCCACAGCCUGUCCCACACCAACAGCACCUCUUCCUUGGCCAGGGUGGUGCCCUGCAGCCUCCGGGUGCCCUGCAGCCCCAGCUGACUCUGCCUGCUGUGCCCCAGCCCCCACCGUUGCCUACCCCUGCCCCGGUCACUCCAGACAGCCCUGGGGACGAUGAGUUCACGCUGGAUGGAAUCGAGUUCAGCCCCCAGCCUCUCGACAUGAGCCAGCCGUCACCCUUCGCUGCCCAGCUGUCCUCGGGGCAGGCAUGCGGGGGGCAGCUGGGAGCUGGACGGGAGGAAGUGGGCCAGGAUGGGGGGGGCUCCUUGCCUGUAAAUGCUGGGGAGGCAAAAGCUCAGCUUGUGGAGCCUGCCAAGCUGGAGAUGGACUUAAUGAGGGACUUCAACUACAACGACCUGGAGGCCCUGCAGCAACUGGACGGGGCUUGUGACAGCACCUCGGAGGAGGAGGCUGAGGAGGAGGAGGUGGAGGGGGGGGCAGGGGCCGACGAAGAUGAGUUUCUGGGCAUGAUCAACGCAGAGGCGCUCAAGGCCCUGCAAGAGGCCGAGGGCAGCAGCGAGGACGACGGCUCCAGCAGCGACAGCGACGCCUUGGACGAUGCUGUGGAGGAAGUGGAGGAGGACCCCCUUAACUCGGGCGACGACGUGAGCGAGCAGGAUGUCCCGGAUCUCUUUGACACUGACAAUGUUGUUGUGUGUCAGUAUGACAAGAUCCAUCGCAGCAAGAACAGGUGGAAGUUCUACCUGAAGGAUGGGGUGAUGUGUUUUGGGGGAAAAGACUACGUUUUCUCCAAAGCGGUAGGAGAGGCUGAGUGGUGAAGACGGAGGGAAAAAGUGACGGCUGAGCUGCAUUUGAAGAGAGGAGCAAUGCCUCAGAUGCCAUGUGAAAAUAUUUAAUGGUUAGAGAGUGAAAUGUGUAGGAAUUAUACCAUUAAAGGUGGUAAACUAAGAAAAGGACCAUCAGCUUUUGUAUAAUUAGGUUUUGCAGUGAAAUUUCUGUUCUCUGUAAAGUUUGAAAAUGUAGGUAAAUUCUUUGGCAUUAGGCUGCCAGAUUUCUGUUUGUGAUCAUUUUGAGCUCUUGCACAAAAUGUGUGCGGUGAUGGCUGACAGAGUGGCUUAGAUCUGAAACUGCACUGUAUAGGAUUGUUUCAGGAUCGGCUGUCAGCAUUUUCAAGUGCCUGUUUCAAUGGUUUUUGUGCAAAAAAUAACAUUGACAAACACA